AUGGAGCAUAUUGAUGUAUGCUUCUACUAUCUGCGAAAGAAAUCUAAGUAUGAUUCGAAUACUUCAUACAAGUACAGCACUGUAGACUGUAAUUUCAUGAAUAUUAUAAAUAGUGUGCUAGCUAUAUAUAGAAUUGAUGAUGAUUCUCUUAAUGCUGGUGGAAAGGAAUACCAUUUGAAUGAGUACAAAAAUGGAUUCCGUAUGUAUGCUACAGUUCCUUGGCAUACGGUUGAUCAUAUUUUUAUUCCUAUCAACAUUAAGGCUAAACAUCAUUGGGUUCUUGCGGUUAUAUCUUUUAAUGAUAGAUGCAUUUAUGUAUAUGAUUCUUUGUCGUCUGCUGGUCAUGAUGCUGGGGUACUUGUUGAAGUUGAAAAGUUAGCUGAGGUUAUACCUAUAUGUCUUGUUGCAUGUAAAUUUUAUGAGAAGAAAGGUAUUGAUAUUGCUACUCAUCCAAAUUACAAAUCCUAUGACAAGAUGGAUCUAUUUGAUGUUUAUGUGGUGGAGGAUUUGCCUCAACAACCAAGUGCCAGUUUGGAUUGCGGUUUAUAUAUGGUGACAUAUGCCGAGUGUCUCACCUUUGGAGAUAUUGUUUCACCUGUUGAUUUUGAUCCAGAUCUGAUUCGUACGAGAUAUGCUUCUAUUUUGUGGAAUUAUGGUUUGAAUAAAGAAGAAGAGAAUGGACAAAGUAAUGAUGAAGCGCCAAUGAAACCUCCUCGUGAAAUUAGUUUAACAGAAGACACGGAAGUUCAUGAAAUUUGA